CGCAACAUUUCCAUAGUUCAUACAGUACACUGAAACAAUGCGCAAGAGAUGCGAGUAGCGGUACACAAAAGUCUGAUAUCAUGAUGAGUGCUACUGUGCGCGAAGGCCCCAACGAGUGUCGUCGCGCGGGUUGUGACGUACAGGUGACAAGCGCUCAGGCGGCUGUGACUCAAAAUACGGGCGUGCGCGACAAGCCGGUCGUUCGGGGCGUCUCUUACAGUGGUACUCGCUCGGGGAGGUCAUGGUGCGCCAUCCUUCCUCUUUCCCUCCUCCGCCCAUCCUAGCUCACCUCGCUGACCACACCGUUGCCCUCCCGUUGGGCAUCUACCUGCUGUCGACGCUCACCCAGCUGCGCACGUCGUUCCCGCCACCGGGAGCGCGGCCGGACACGGGCUGCUGAACCUGUUCGCGACGCUGCCCCGAGUUCCAGUUCUUCGGGUCGCUCUUCGACGGCGCGUGCUUACUUGCUGGAGGCGGGAGCGCGGGCCGUGCGGUGGUUUGGGGACAGGACGAACGUGUAGGUCGGAAAACGAGCGGGGUGCCGGAAGAGAUCGCGUUCGUACGCAUACUACGCACUGCGCGCAUGGCCGAUGGAUUGCAAUACAUCGGACGGGGAGGAUAUGUGCGGGGGACGGGCGGCUCAAGGAGCUAGAUAUGGACGUGCGCUUUGGAGCAUGUUGAAUAGGCGUUUGGUGUUCUCGACUGCACCUGCUUGACCGAGCUGUACUGGAUGUUGCAGAAGGAUUCAUGGCCGGUGACCCUGCUUCGUGGCUGUGCAGAGCCUGGCCCCGGCCUGGGCAAGAGCUCAUGCGGCUGAGCCUUCAACGCUGUUUCUUCGCCGCGAAGCUUCGUCUCGACGCGGACGUUGGGCGGACGGAUUGGGUAAGCUGCGCCGUUCGCGGGACGUGGGGAUUUCCGCAUGCGUCGACGCCACGAGGACUCCAUCCUGUAAUGUGCGACGGAUUUGGAAGUCAACUGUGGUGUGUUUUCUGUUUCGGUUCGAUACUUCGGGAGCUUGCUUGCAGGCCAUGAGCCGUACGGGAGCUCGCCACCAUCCGGGCACGGCUCUGGCGGCGCUGCUCAUCGUUUAUAUAAGCCUGCGCACGACGAUCGCGAUGCACGAGGUCUCCCAGGACUGACAUACGUGUGUGUUUUCUGACAGAACCCAAGCGCGCCUGGCCAUGGCGCGUCCACGAGGCCCCGCGCUCGGCGUUCUCCUGUGGUGUACGCCGUGGUCGGGUGACGUAAGCGGAUGCCACAGAAUGCUGGGAGGCGUCGCCCAUCGUGGCACCAGCCAACGGCGUGGUGGCGUCCGUUGAGCGGGGGUGCGAACGCAGAUGAUGAGAGACGCCCGCGAUGCAUGUAUCGGACGAUUGCCAUCUGCGCCCAAGACACCCCUCGCCUGACCCGUCCUUUGACACCCGGGCUUCGAGCCCCCUGUGGGCAGGAGGCCACCUGAGGCUGUCCACUCUCGUCUCUCCUGUUGCGCUUUUUGCGUGCUCGGCAGCGACGAAUUGGGCAGUGAGAUACACCUGAAAGGCAGAGGCGAGCAGGAUGUGGAGCGUACGGGGAGGGCUUCCAAGAGGGCCAAUAUACGAGAUCGAAGCUGGGAAGAACAGCGGAGGCCGCAGCGCCGUGUGCGUGGAGAGCAGAUCUCCAGGCCUCAGUUCGCGAACGUCUGUCAACCGACCAGCUGGUGCCUCCACAUAAGGCUCUUGCCGCACUCGCCUGUGCGUGCCCCCUUCUUCCUUGGCAGCCUUCUAGGUCCCCUCCCCUCGGCUCUGUCUCUCUGCCCGAUCCCUCCAUCAGGUUCGCAGAUUCAGGCCGAUCGACGUGCACUCUCAGCGCCUGCCAGCUCUCGAAACCCCGCAAGUGAUAUAUAUACGGGGAUACAGCUACAGGUCCUGACUGCCGAGCGUCCCCAGCGUAGGUGUUCUGCGUCACGAUCCGACUCUACGCCCCGUAUCGUGCCUGCACAGCUCGUCCUUGGCUCGUUGGCUUUCUGUGCUCUGCUCCAUACCGGAAAUUGACCUUCCUUUUUUCAGUUUCAUCUGCAAUAAAACCCCGGACGCAAACUGGUCCUCCCCUAGGAGCCAAACGCUCGGCCGCAUGUCGGUUGCUGCAACGACCCGGGCCUCUCAGGGUGUAGUGUUGCCUGCGCCGGAGCAGGAGAAGGAUGCUCCUCCGAAGCGAUCCACGAUCGAAGUGGUGGACCUGCCCGAAUUCGAGGACUCGUUUCCCGACGGGGGAAGAGGCUGGCUCGUCGUGUUGGGAUGCUUCAUCUACUCUGCGUCGACCGUGGGAUGGGGGUGCGUGGCCCCCGUCCGGUGAUCACGAACUGUGACUGACAUCGAACCGAUCACGGGUGCACCUGACGCCUUCAGCUUGGUACGUUCAACCCUACAGCCUCUGUCAUCCCAACCGAUGCUCAUCUCUGGUCGGGGCUAGGUGUGGGGGGUGACCGAAGAGUUUUUCAAAGAGCACAUGUUCCCCCACACCUCGGACUCGGUGUUGACCACUCUGGGCAGUAUGUCGUGUCUGGUAAGCCCGCCGAGCUCCGCUUGCGCCCGAACGUAUGCGCUGACCCUCUGCCAGUUCAUGACGCUGGGCGGCAUCGUAGCAGGAAAGCUGGCUGACCGUUAGUACGUCCGCGCUGCCGCGUCCGCUCCCGCCACACGCAUGCUGAAGGUCCCGCAGCGGAUACAAGGUAUGCGUGCGUCCGCAGUGCACAUUGCCCGCCGAGAAGACCGAUCUUGUUGUGUCCCCCA